CCGGCGGAGCAGCGCCCGGCGGAGCGGGGAGCGGCGGAUCCCGGGGCAGCCCCGGCGCGGUCCGGGAUGAGCUUCCCGCGGCCCCUGCGCCGCUCCGUGAGCCUCAGCCCGGCCCGCACCCUGCGCCUCGUCGUGCUGGGACAGAGCGCCGUGGGCAAGACAGCGCUGACUGUCCGAUUCAUCACCAGGAGAUUCAUUGGAGACUAUGACCCAACCCUAGAAAUGAUCUACAGGCACGUGGCUGUCAUCGAUGGGGAGAUGGUGCACUUCGAGAUCCUCGACACGGCCGGACAGGAGGAGGACUCCCUGCAGAUCGAGGAGAAGAUCAAGUGGGGCGAUGGCUUCGCCGUGGUGUACUCGGUGACCGACCGCUGCAGCUUCGACGAGGUGAUGCGGCUCUGCUUCCUCAUCAACCACCUGCACGCCAGCCCCAAGCGCAGCGGCGCCGCCGAGCAGCCGCCCGUCGUCAUCGUGGGCAACAAGAAGGACCUGCAGUUCGACAGGAUGGUGUCCACCGAGGACGGGGAGAACCUCUCCAAAGCCCUCAAGAUUCCCUUCUACGAGAUCUCCACGCGGGACAGCUACGAGGAGCCGGUGGCCGUGUUCAGCAGCCUCUACCAGGAGCUGCUCAGGCAGGGCCACUUCUCCCCUGGCUCCUUCAAGAGGAGGACAGUGUCCAAGCUCAUGGACAAGAUUCCCAAGAUGCAGGCCAGCUCCACCCUGAACUCUGCGGGCCGGAGCCUCAGCUUUAACUCCUUCAGGGACUACAUUCCCGAGUGAGCAGCCCGGCUCCAGCCCGGGAUGGGGCGGCUGCUGGGGCUGUGCUGGCUCUCUGCAGGGGAAGGUCAGCGCUGGAGAGGGUGGCACUGGGGUACAAAAGCCUGGGGGUUCUUCUUACAAGGGGCUUUGUGCCAGCAGGGAAGGUUUUCUUCUUCAAUCCGAUCCCUUUUUUCCCUCCUCUCCCUCCGGCACGGCCGCGGUGGAGCCGAGGUGACUCCAGAGGUGUUGGGACAACCCUUGGAGGGAGGCUCAGCUCUGUUUUGCUGGGGCUCAGACACGUCUGGGGGGGGCUUUCCCCCUCCCCUGAGCUGGCUGUACCCCAAAUCCAGCACCCAUCAUGCUGGGUGACCCCGAGGUCUGUGCUGGCUCCCGGGCUGGCCAUUCCCUGGGAAUGGAGCCUGCUUCCUCAGUGUGGCUGGUGAGUAAAACCCCUGGAUCUUCAAACCCUUCCAGCCCAUCCAGGCUGUGCUCAGUAGCAUGGACACAGAGCUGAUUCCAGAAGCUGCUUGCAGGUCUGUCUGUCUGUCUGCUCAUCCACUGCCCUGUUCCCAGAGGGAAAGUCACCACAGGCUGAGGACUUCUCAUUUUGCACAGGGAUGGGGCAGGAAAGGUGUGGGAAGGAGCCAGGCUCGUGGCUCAUAUUCCUCCCCUCCCUCUGGGUGCUGGGGGCUGUGUGGCUGUUCUGGGACCCUGUGGUGUGACUCCCCUGUCUCCCCCUGUUGUGACUGACCCCAUUGUCUGCUGCCGUGUCCUGUGACAAUAAAAGCCGAGUUCCCAACGCCUGUGGCGCUCCCAGGAUAGGUUAUGUUAGGAAGCUUAAAGAAAGGAAUGCACGGUGUGGAAUCACCCUUAAAUUAGGGCUGGCAUCCCCCUUAUCCUCUCCCUGAGCCCUGGCACCAUGCACCCUCCUGGCUCCCUCCACCCCAAAAGGCUUCCCUGGAGGAUCACAGGGUGGGAAGCCACUCAUCCCACCUCCCCAGCCCGCUUCAGAACCCACCCAGGCACCCUUUUCCCUCCUACAGGUCCUGGAGGUGUUUCCUGGUGCUUCUUGUAUCUAUCCAAGGGGUUUCCCUCCAGGGAAGGUGAUUCAUUAUAUUCCAUUUUUCUUCAUUUCUUCAACACCCACAUUCUCCUGUGGGGGAAAAAUGAGCCCCAUCAAGGACCUAGGCCAGGAAAGCAAUUUGGGGCUGCUCCUUCCCAGCACCUUCAUUAAAAUCCCAAUUUUAUUGAAUUAAAUUUAAUUUAGUGAAUUAAAAUUUGCUCAGGGCUCUGUGUAUGGGCAGAGCCCAAAUGGGGGCUGGACAAGGGUGUGGGGGGAGGUAUUUUUAGGGGGUUUAAGGCAUUCCCAAGGGAGUUGAACACUAGGAGCUGGGUUGGGGGUUUGUGAUCUGGCAGCUGGGAUGGGUGGUGCUGUGCUGGCUGGAGAAGAGCCAGUUUGGGAAGUGCUGGAAUGGGGAGAGAAGAGCUCAGGAGGGAUUAAACUCCCCUGGGCUGCUGAAAACACACUUGAGCCUGUCAAAUGAAGGAUUUGGGUGCUCUCAUUCCAUGUCACUCAGCUCCCAAAUAUCCCCAAGGCUUGUCCCAGGGCAUGGAUUUAGCUGCUGGCUGGAGCCGGGCAUGACGGAAUCCCGCAAUAUUCAGCAGGAAUUAUUCCAAGUGAUGGAUGAGACAGGAGCAGCUCAUGAGCAGGAAGCCAGGCCAGAGCUGGAACAGCAUCCCCAGCGCUCCUGGCAGUGGAGGGGCCCUCGGCACGGCCGGGAUCGCUGUCCUGGAGUAACCCCAGCCCUUUCUCAUAUCCCAAGGAAUCCAGAAGGCUCCAUGUGGUCACUGCUGCAGCCCCUCACCAGAGCUCCUGGCCCUGCCUGCUAUAAUUAGCACCAAACCUCAUUAGGAGAGGCAGGGGCAGCUCUUCAGGACUGGUAAUUGAUAAUUACUGGAAGCCUCUAAUGGCUCUCCAGGGGCAGUUUCCUCUCCCUUAUAAAGGAAGGUCUGAGGAUGCAGCGUUCAUUGGGGUGGGGAGAGGUUUUGGAGGGCAGGAGGGGAAUUCUAGGGGGCAUAAAUCCUAAAUUCCUGUGGUGAGAGGUCUGCAGGGGUUGGGCAAGGGAGAAGGAGGAAAAGAAGAACAAAAACAAGAAGAAGAUGAGGAGGAAGAGGAAGGUCUGUGCCUUCCUUGGAGCAGAACCUGGAGUUUCAGAACCCUGGGCAGGUGAGUCCAAGGCAGGUCCCUGGAAAGGAGAUGUCCAAAGCCCCUUGGAGGGUCCAUGGGGAUCUGGGACCUGCAGCCUCUUCCCUGCCAAGCAGGGCAAUGCCACAAAAACAUUUCAGGGGGAUUUGGGAAUGGAAGCUGGGAAUGGUGGCUGGGGUUUGGUUUGCCUUGGAGCCCUCCCAAAAACCCACAAAUGUCAUUGGGGAGCACCAGAGAGAAUUCCCCCAGGGAACAGGGAUGGAUGGAGCUGGGGUGUCCCAUGCUGAACCCCUGGGUGUCACCUCUCUGGGGACAGCUGGUGUCCUCAAGGUUGUCCUGCACCUUUCCAGCCUGCUCAGCUCCACGGAGAGAAGAGGAACAGUUUUGGUCUCAUCAUUAUCCAAACAGCAUCUCCAGGGCCGGGAUUGAAUUUGGCAGCAGGCAGGGGCUGCAAAUGUGCUCACCAGAUUUCUGGGAAGCUUGGGAGAGGCAGAUGAGGCAGAAAGGUCCUUUCCAAGAGCUCCCUUGCUGUGCUCACCCCCAGCAGCUCCCUGGCAUGCCAAGCCCCCCAGUUAUCCCCCUUGUCCCCUCUGCCAAGGGGUUUCCUGGAAAACCAAAAUCCUGGUCUGAGGUUGGGGGGUGCAGCUGCUCUCUCUUUGCAGCCACAGCUUUUAUCAUCAGUUGUGCCUUGUUUUAAUU